UGCAACCCCCACCGCUUUCUCUCUCUUCGCUUUUGUUUAUUCGUUCAAGUUUGAUACUGCGAGUCUUCGAUUCGUUUUUCAAGACGCUACCUAAUAUAGCCUGCAAGUCCUAAGCUACUUAUUGAACAGCAAGCAUAGAAAUAACUCUACCUCCAUUUAUUACUUCCUCUGAAGAAGUAGAAAGAAAGAAAGGGUCAGUGAGAGGACCAAAAAUGAGAAUUUCACUGACUUUUCUUCUUCUUAUUGUACUUUUAGCUUCUUGCUAUGGCUACUCUGAUAUGGAAGUACUGUUGAAAAUGAAAUCCUCCAUGAUCGGACCUAAUGGCCGUGGGCUGGACGAUUGGACACCAUCCCCGUCUCCGUCUGCUCACUGCUCCUUCACUGGAGUAACAUGCGAUGAGGGCUUACGUGUGGUGUCUCUCAGCCUGUCAUCGCAUUAUGGUUUGUUUGGUUUCAUUCCUCCUGAAAUUGGGUUCUUGAAUAAGCUUGUGAACCUGACCAUCACUUCACUUAAUCUCACCGGAAGGCUUCCUUUGGAACUGGCCAAGCUCACGUCUAUUAGGAUUUUCAACAUUUCCAAUAAUGUCUUCGUAGGCAAUUUCCCUGGAGAGAUUAUUCUUGGCAUGGCUCAGCUUGAGGUCCUUGACAUUUACAAUAAUAACUUCUCAGGUUCACUGCCGGCGGAGCUCAGGCACUUAAGGAAUCUAAAGCACCUUCAUCUCGGCGGAAAUUACUUUAGUGGACCAAUACCAGAGUCAUACUCGGAGAUUCAAAGUUUGGAGUACUUAGGCUUGAAUGGUAAUGGUCUUUCCGGUAAGGUCCCUCCAAGCUUGGCUAAGUUGAAGAAUCUUAAGCGCUUGUACCUCGGGUACUAUAGCUCAUACGAAGGAGGUAUUCCCCCGGAGUUUGGAUCAUUGAGUUCACUUGAAGUUCUUGAUAUGGCCAGCUGUAAUCUUACCGGCGAGAUUCCCCCUACCUUGGGCCAGUUAAAGAGCUUGGAUUCCUUAUUUCUUCAAAUGAAUAAUCUCUCAGGUCAUAUUCCUCCUGAAUUAUCCGGUUUAAUUAGCUUGAAGUCGCUCGAUCUCUCCAUCAAUAACCUCACUGGAGAAAUACCAGAUAGCUUUUCAGAGUUGAAGAAUAUAACGCUUAUCCAUCUUUUCAAGAACAAUAUGUACGGUCAAAUCCCAGAGUUUAUCGGUGAUUUUCCGAACCUGGAAGUUCUUCACGUCUGGGUCAACAACUUCACUUUGGAGCUCCCAAAGAAUCUUGGCCGGAACGGAAAGCUGAAGAUGCUGGACGUGUCUUUCAAUCACCUUACCGGCGCGAUUCCUCCAGAUUUGUGCAAAGAAGAGAAAUUAAAGGAGUUGAUACUCAUGAAUAAUUUCUUCAUUGGACCGCUUCCUGAACAGCUUGGCCAGUGUAAGUCCUUAACCAAAAUCCGAAUCAUGAACAACCUCCUAUCAGGAAGUCUCCCUGCCGGAAUCUUUAAUUUGCCACUGGUGACCGUGGUCGAGUUGAACGACAACUACUUCUCCGAAGAACUCCCCUACGAGAUAUCCGGAGAUGCACUUGGUCUUUUGACGAUUUCUAACAAUCGACUCACCGGAAAAAUCCCGCAAGCAUUAGGCCAUUUGCAAAAUUUGCACGUUUUAUCCCUUGGUAUGAACAGAUUCUCAGGUGAAAUUCCAAGUGAAAUCUUCAAUCUCAAGUUCCUAACCACAAUCAACCUCAGCGCCAACAACCUUAGCGGUGAAAUUCCCCCAUCAAUUUCCCACUGUAAUUCUCUGACAUCAGUUGAUUUCAGUCGAAACAGCCUUCACGGCGAAAUUCCUAAAGGGAUUGCAAACUUGAAGGAUUUGAGCAUUCUCAAUAUCUCUCAAAAUCAGCUCACAGGCCAAAUACCGGGUGACAUUCGGUACAUGACAAGCCUCACAACUCUUGAUCUCACCCACAAUAAUCUGCUGGGCAGAAUCCCCUCAGGAGGGCAGUUUCUGGUGUUUAAUGACAGCUCCUUCGCUGGAAAUCCCAAUCUCUGUGCACCACACCAAACUUCUUGCCCGUCUAUCGUAAAUAUACUUCAGGAUUCGAGUCAUGGUCACACGGGGUCGUUCAACACCUCGAAGUUAAUAAUAGCCAUCAUUGCCCUCGUCACCGCUUUGUUGCUAAUAAUAGUAACGGUUUACAGAUUGAGGAAGAAGAGGCUUGAGAAAUCCAGGGCUUGGAAGCUAACUGCAUUCCAACGGCUCGAUUUCAAAGCAGAGGACGUCCUAGAGUGCUUGAAAGAAGAGAACAUCAUAGGCAAAGGUGGUGCUGGGAUAGUCUACCGCGGGUCCAUGCCAGAUGGUGGUGAAGUAGCAAUCAAAAGACUGGUGGGUAGAGGGAGUGGGCGGAGCGAUCACGGUUUCUCCGCCGAGAUUCAAACUCUUGGAAGAAUCCGGCACCGAAAUAUCGUGAGGCUGUUGGGAUACGUAUCAAACAAGGAUACAAAUUUAUUAUUAUACGAGUACAUGCCUAAUGGGAGCUUGGGGGAAAUGUUGCAUGGAUCAAAGGGAGGGCAUUUGAAAUGGGAGACCCGAUACAAAAUUGCCGUUGAGGCAGCCAAGGGGCUUUGUUAUCUUCACCACGAUUGCUCUCCUCUUAUAAUUCACAGGGACGUGAAGUCCAAUAAUAUCUUGCUUGAUUCGGAUAAUGAGGCUCAUGUGGCUGAUUUUGGGCUGGCCAAGUUCUUGCAGGACGCUGGUGAAUCAGAGUGCAUGUCCUCCAUUGCGGGCUCGUAUGGUUACAUCGCACCAGAAUACGCUUACACGCUGAAAGUGGACGAGAAAAGCGAUGUUUACAGCUUUGGAGUUGUACUGUUGGAGCUAAUAGCGGGGAGGAAGCCAGUGGGGGAGUUUGGAGAAGGAGUGGACAUAGUGGAAUGGGUAAGGAAAACCACAUCGGAACUCUCUCAGCCGUCGGAUGCAGCUUCAGUAAUGGCUAUUCUGGACUCUCGACUUACUGGAUACCCAGUUACCAGUGUCAUUCACCUGUUUAAGAUAGCCAUGAUGUGCGUUGUUGAAGAAAGCUCUGCUAGACCCGCCAUGAGGGAAGUUGUUUACAUGCUUACUAAUCCUCCCCAGAAUGCGCCUAGCCUGAUCACUAUUUAGGGUGCAAUACUUAGUGUUUUCGAGCAAUAAAACCCAAACAAAUUGUAAUAAUUUCUGAAAAAAAGAGGUCGGAAACGCAUGUGUUAUUGUUACGGUUUGUCUUAUUUGCUUCACUCAUUGUAAAAAUGCAUCUCUGUGUUUUUGUAAACUCAGUCCCUAUGUUAUUUAUGUAUGAGAUGGUCAGACAUGAAGUGGUUGUCCAUUCUUGACUUUAGGUAAUUUUAUCAGUUUUCGUCGUUUGAA